AUGUCGCAGCCGGAACAGGGGGGCAGUGCGCAGUGCGAGAAAGACAUGUCCACGUCCAAGAGCAGCUCGAUGUUGCGCCUGAAUCAGGAGGGCCGACGCGGCUCCGCCGACUGGCCGGACCACGGCGACACCGACUCCGAGGUCAGCGAGAACGAUUUUCUCACGAAGGGCGCCUUCCUCCUCACCCCCAGCCACGAGCUGAGCAUGGAGAAGGCCGCCACCAUCUGCGAGAAGAUGAACUUCCGAGGUGCAUUUUCUUUGACGAAGACCGCCACCGGCAUUCUCUUCAAGUUCAGCAACAUCGACGACUUUCAGGCGGUGUAUAAAAAAGGCUUUCACAAAGUGACGGGCGCGCGUUUCUACAAAAAGGUCGCUAUACCGUGCAGGCCGGCGAAGAUCUUCACGGUCUACGUGCUGGAUGUGCCCGAAGAGCUGCCGGAGGACGAUAUUAGACACGCUCUCUACAAAUAUCGAUCUAUCGUCGAAGUAACCAGGCUACCCCUGAAUACGGGAACUGUUUUGAAGGCCAUCAAUGACAAGCUAAAGAGCGACGCGCAGAAUCUGAACGAGCCGGCGACGAUUUAUACGGGGCCACCCGUUAUAAGGGUUACCCUGGCCAGCGUGGAGGAGACCUCGCUGCUGCUGAGCCGUGGUUUGGAUUUUUAUGGGGCCACAUAUUUCCCCACCGAAACGCCCCAUCCAGCCGCUCAACCCCUCGCAAAAUACAAAAACAACAGAUGGAUCGAGCUGGCGUCGAUCGGCGCGGGACAAAGAGUGAGGGACCUACUUCCGGUCUUUGACAACGCGGGCUUCAACAAAUUGCCACCUCCGGCGAGCCGUGUAAUAAAACCGCAAAGAAACUGACACGUCCCCCGUCCGGCACCCCGAAUUCUUCGGCCGUCGCCGUCGCCGCCGCCGCCGUCGUCGUCGCUGCUGCCGCCACCGCCGCGAUCGAUAACGGCGACGAAUCGAGGGAGGACGCCACCGCGAGGACGACGUUACGACCCGACGACAAUACUAAUGCAGACUACCUCGAUCGAAAUUCGGACGGUGGCACGGGGAUCCGGCGGCUCGAGCGAUUUCAACGCGACUCUAACUCUCCGUCGAUCGCGACGUGUGAAAGUACGGGGUUCGCCGCCGUACGUAUACGAGAUAAGAGGACGCGUGGGAGAAGCGAGAUGUAAGGAAAUCACACGCUUUCCGAAUCGAAUGGACAAUCGAAUGGAGGUUUGGAAUCUACGGAGGGACUUUAACGUGUAGAGAGACACAGGCGCACAAUUUCUCUUCCCUCCGGCAGCGUACGACUCGGUUAUUUUGUCUACUGCGAGUAUAGAUGUGUACCUAUACACGCAAAAAUUUGACUCAUAUUUUCCUCGGCGUAGAUAUAGCUGUAUAUCGCUAACAAAAAUGUUAAUUUACCCGAUAAAAGCGUGAAAAUUCGUGAGAUCGUACGACGAGAGUCCCGAGCGAGAUGAUACGGCGCGUCGCGCCAGCGCGACGCGUUGGACAGUUAAGCACAUAAUAAUACGUCAGCGCGUGUCGCAUGUUCUGUCUCUCCCUAUCGUUCCGUCACUCCGUGGGAAGGAUAUUGUUCAUAUCACUCGCACGCCGUUUAUGACUCUCUCUCUCUCUCUCU